CGAACCGGUUGCCAAGGUUGCCAAUUGACAGUUCCGUUCAUUCCGAUCAAAAUUGAAAGCAGUCCACCACACAAACCGGAUCGCUGGAAUAAUGGACGGGUUCCUGAACACCGUGACCUCAUUCCUCCUCGACUGGGAGCUCUCGAAGGCCGAUCUGCUGUCCGUCUUGGUGUUCGCAGGUCUGAUGGCCGCCUUCUACAUAUCCCAGCGCCGACCCGUCAUCGUGCCCCCGCCAACUGAGGCGCCCGAAGACGAGGCGGAGGAAGAGGCGGACGAGGAAGGGGACGGGGACAAGGACGCGACGGAGGGGCCGCAGCCCGACAACGUGGUGUACAACAGCGACACCUUCCGCGAGUCGGACGUGAGCGACGAGGACGAGCUGCGCAGACUGAUCGCCGUCACCGAGGAGGCGGCGCGUCUGAGGGAGGAGCGGAUGAGGAUACUGACGGAGGAGAGGUUCAAGCCCGUGGAGACGCUGGACGACUACGACGAGAGCAAGAUUUUGGAUUUGGAUUACGCGCCGGAAGAAGCCGGUGUUGAGUUCAGCUUCCCCCCGAUUCCGAUUCCGGUGGAAGAUGCCGAUCUGGCCGGAGGCGACAACGUACGCGGCAGCAGCAGCGUCAUAGACAUCGACUUUUUGGAUAUGACCUUCAAUAAUGUCAACGUGAACGAAGAACGUGAGGAGAAGCCGCAACAAGAAUCGUAAGAAGUGUCCGGAGAGGUCAUUUUGAUUUGCAACUGCUUUUGAUUCCAUAUUCGUAUUGUCUUUUUGUGAAAAUUAUGGUGUUUUCAAAUUCAUGUGAUGCAUCAAAUGCUCUAUUACAAUUUUUAUAUAUGUUUUAUGUAAAUGAUUUAAUGAAUAAAUCUCGUGGUCUUUGUAAA